CAUCUUCUACUCGACCCCUUCGCCAUGACGUUCGCCUGCUGAGGUCUUUCGAAUUCUCGCUUUCCUCCAGAACACGUUUCUCCUCUUAUUCUUGCAUGGUAAUUCCGGAUUCCAUACACUACCCGCAAUGCCUCCCACUCCGUCGGUGCAUCAGCUUUACAGACGGCUGGAGACCGUUGGCAAAGGCGCAUAUGGCUCAGUACACAAGGGUGUAGAGAUAGCUACCGGCAAUGUAGUCGCACUCAAGAUCAUCAAUCUUGACACCGAGGACGAUGACGUUGCCGACAUUCAGCGAGAGGUCGCUCUCCUCACUCAACUUCGGGACGCUCCCAAUGUCACCCAGUACUUUGGCUGCUUCUUGGACGGCCCCCGCGUGUGGAUCGUCAUGGAAUAUGCUCAGGGUGGCAGCGUACGUACUCUCAUGAAGGCUUCCAAGGACGGUACUAUCGAAGAGAAAUACGUCUCUGUCAUCAUUCGAGAGGUCCUCUUCGCCCUCAGCUACCUCCACAAGUCUGGCAUCAUACAUCGAGACCUCAAGGCAGCAAAUAUCCUCAUUACUGCAGCAGGAAAAGUUAUGAUAUGUGACUUUGGUGUCUCUGCACUCCUCGUCACUGCGUCCAGCAAGCGCAAUACUCUGGUUGGCACCCCGCAUUGGAUGGCCCCAGAGGUGGCCCAUGGCUCGUCCUAUGAUUCUAAGGCUGACAUCUGGAGUUUGGGAAUCAUGAUAUACGAGAUGGUUAAGGGAUGCGUACCGCACUCACAAAUCAUGGACCAGCACAAGCUCCUCCAGAUAAUUCCUCGAACGAAACCGCCACGACUAAUCGAGGGCGAAGGCAGCAAGGAGCUAAGAGAGUUUGUAACACAUUGCUUACGGGAAUCGCCUAAUGAUGUACGCUUUGGGAUUGCAGCUCCUUUCCGGUUAGAAUUUCAGUGCUGACCGCCUACCAAGAGAUUAUCUGCCGAUGAUUUGUUGAAGACAAAGUACAUGAAGGCCAUCACCAAGACUCCCCCAGUCACCAUCCUCAAGGACCUAAUAGUCUGCUAUGAAGUUUGGCUUCAGAGUGGAGGUACUCGAGCAAGUGUGGCAGGAUCCUUGCCAUGGGAGGCGGAAGAGGACCGAGAGUGAGUAGCUCGUUCUGAACUAAUCAGCGUGCUUGACUUUGAAUCUAUGAACUUAGACUGAAUGCUGUGGAGAGCGACGAAGGUGAAGAGGCUAGCUGGGAGUUCGAUACCGUUCGUGCACGCUCCUCAAUUGACUUGUCUCAUGCCGACUCCCUGUCUGCAAAUGCGGUCGGCGAGAUCCCCAACCCUACUAUCCGACCACCUGCUUCAAAAGUCCCUCCUACACUUCGCAUGCUCUUUGAAGAUGGAGACACCCCGCCCGAGCCCAUCAAGCUUUCAGGGUUUGAUACGCCUAUAACGCCAACACCAGCCCUUGGUCCAUCCCUUUUGCCACCUCCAUCUGCACUUGCUGCACGUGGUCGCAAUCGCUCGAGAGGGGGCGCGACAUCACCCAUCGAAGAGCAGGAGGAUGUCCUGACCGCAAAGCAGCCUACAUUCCAAUUUCCUCCGCGAUCGGCCACUCCAAGGACUGCUCAGAAGCUGUCUGCUGCUGACGCCCACGAAGACGAUGAUACCUUAUCAAUUAGAGACCGACAUCCACCGUUGGGACCUGGCAUACCUUCCAGACGAAGUCCCAGCCGGCAGAGUUCGCGAGCACCUUCACCCCAAUCAAGUCCGGUUCGAGCAGGACUAAGAGUAGAGUCGCCCUAUCAAGAGAUAGAGAUUCCCACUCUGCCUGAGUCUAAUGCUCAGAAAGACGCACCUCCGCCGAUUGUGUUCUCCGUCUCUUCUCCUGAUCAGCCCACGGCCAACGAAGUUCGCCCACGUAUGAACCGACAGCGGUCAAAGAGCAACGCUGUCGACUCGCCACCGAGCUUCAAGACAAGUCAUGAUUGGAACUUCCGUUCGCAAUCUACGUUCCAAUUUCCUCCGCCCGGGUUUGCACAGCCUUCCACGCCUCCACCACUAUCAGCUCCUGUGACACGUACCCACAGCCGUGUGUCGCCUACUCAUGCAAGUGUCUCGACAAUCUCCACAGUUUCGCGCACCUCUCACCAAUUCACGGGCUCUCUUGACGCCUCAACGAGUGCGCGACGGUAUCAGCCCCCCGGCCCCAUUCCUACGGGACCAUUGCCUGCUCCCCCGCCCAUAAUGCGAUCUCGCUCGGCAGCACCUUUCAGCGGACCGCCACUGCACGGCGCUACGCCAAGUUCUGCUGGUCCGGAGGUGGCUGUGCAAGCGGUACCGCGCAAGCCAAGCAUGACACGUUUGGCCUCCCUGCCAGUCAUAGAGACAGUGCACACACCAUCGAAGCCUUGGGCACAUGUACGAACGGAGCGGAGUGGCAGCCUGGAUACUGGGCCACCAUUGCCUGGACUCAAGGAUGUAUUGAAGGUAGGUAUCUGCUUUGUGCUAGCAAUAGCUAUGACAUUGAUUACGUCUAGAUACCUUCGUUAACUUCGGAACAUCGGCUGGGGAUGUCAGACUUGCUCCCACCCUCGCCCUCAGCGGCACCUCCCUCGUCAAAACUGUCACCCUCGCCCAGUCCACUAGGGUCCUCCACACCUGCGGACGCAACUCAGCUAAGCCCGCGGACUCUCCCCUUCUCCAACGCUGCCGCUUCAUCGUCUUCCACCUCUUUGAACUCUCUCUCCUCGCUCUCGCAUUCCAUCAAUGGCGAUCAUGCCUCUCCACUUCCCACGGCACACGGCCGUUCACAGUCUUUCGGUGCACUACACAGCGGCUUCCCAUCCUCCCAAGCCUUUUCGCAUCUUUCUGACUUGCACGUGAACGGCAUUGCGGCUGCAGGCCCUGUGAUCCGCCCACUCGACUUUGCCGCGCUUCUGCAGAGCAACGAUGCGAUGCAUGCGGAGCUCGCGCGCACGGUCGAUGACCUCGCCCAAUGGCUUGGUGUUGUCGAAGCCGGCCUUGGAACGCUACUUGAUGGUGGUGAGGACAUCAUCGAGGAGGAAGCAGAAGCGGAGGAAACGUUCCCUCGCUCACGAGCGCCGCAGUACGCAGAACCCGUCAACGUGCGGCCGUAGGACCGCAGCAUGCAGCGCCGGACGCUUUGAUGUCAUCAGCUCGUUUUCACUCUCCAACAUCCCUUCAUCGUCAUAUCCACCUGUUAGUGUAGUUCUAUGUGUAGUAGUCCAUUCCUCCCCGAGCUCUUGGUUUUAGUCAGUCGCAGUAGAGAAGACAAGCGUGAUAUAUAGCAAUGUAAAUAUUAGUGCACAUCAAUGGGUCUUCAGUCUACUCUGAACGUCUCCCCAUCAUUGAUCAAGCUUGGUCGCUCUGUGAGAGGAGUAUCUAGAUGUAGCCCUGCUCUGAAAGGUGGAUGGUGAUCUUGCGCACGGCCUCAGUGACGUCGCACUCGUCCGUCCUGAUGUGGAUCUCAGGCUUCUCUGGAGCCUCAUACGGUGCCGAGAUGCCCGUGAAGUCUAACGGGGCGUCAGCAUGCUGUUCUCGCAGGGUCUUGUGCCAGCGGCGCACGUACCCUUAAUCUCGCCUUCGCGCGCCUUCUUAUAGAGACCUUUAGGGUCGCGCUGCUCGACGACGCUGAGCGGGGCGUCGACAAAGACCUCGAUAAAGCCGAGGCCGGCUUUCUCGUGCAGCUCGCGCACGGAGUCACGGUCGGCCCUGUACGGACUGAUGAACGCCGUGCAGCAGAUGCAGCCUGCAUCUGCGAAGAGCUUCGACACCUACGUUGAAGCAUGAUCGCAUCAGUACUGUCAUCCUGACGAAGAGAAAGUAAUGGAGAAAGAGCGGAGGAAGAAACCGAGGGAGAUGGAACGGAGGGAAAAGGCACACCUCGCCAAUUCGGCGAAUGUUCUCGUUCCGCGACUUUUCGUCAAAGCCGAGGUCCUUGUUGAGUCCGAAGCGAACGUUGUCGCCAUCCAGGCGGUAGCAAAACUUCUUCAAGUGCAGGAGAUGCUGCUCCAGUGCGCAUGCAAUUGUGGACUGGCCAGUGCAUGCAGUCAG